AUGGAAUUGGAUAAGGAGACCAGCCGUCGUCUCGAGGAAUAUCAACGACGUACGCAAUCUCGUGGCUUUACUAAGGAGUAUCAGGAUAGAUUUGAAAAAGAAGAGAAUGUUGUCUGCCACAAACCCCUAGCACCAAUUACAUACGCCAAACACGAAGCCGCUGCACUUUAUUGGACUUUAUUCAAGCUUUCCCGUGGCGAGGCAAGUGGGGCUAAACUUUCCAAAGACACGCCCCUUCCAACACCACAGGAGUUGAAGAACUUUGUUGAAAGCUUUGUAGCGUCGAGAAAAGAUCUUCCUUCCCAAAGUUCAACAGUCAAUAUCUUUUCAAACUUUGUGGCAAAAUGGCAUCGCGAGACCUUUCAAGAAAUUCCCGCUCAAGUGAAAGCCGAUGUCCGCAACUUCAUUAAAACCACACUUACACGCAAAUAUAACCUACCUACAAAGCCUCGUGAUGCAUUCCAUGUCAACCAUAAAGAUAUUCAGUAUCUACUCCAACGACUAUUUGUUGAUGACUGGCACGAUUAUCUACACGAGCGGAUGCGUGUUCAGACAGCAAGUGCACUGUCGCUUUUCGCGGGAUCUGGAGCUAGAGUCGGUGCGAUUGUGGAGUCAAGCUCAUAUCGAGGUACAAAUGAGUGUCUCUACUAUAAGGUUCGUUGA